GUAUUCUUCUCUAUAUAUUCCAAUAAACCAGUUCUGAUUCAUGAUGAUUUGGUACAGAUUUUGCUACGUUUCUGGAUAUAUGGCGGUGGUGAUUCGGUGGUGAAGAGUGGCGGAUUGGAGCAGUUGUUGAUCGGAAAACUUAUCAAUGGAUUCACUGAAGAUUUUAGUUGGAUAUCAGGACGAGUGUGAUUAUUGGACGUGGUACUGAACGCCAAGGAUUAUACUAUGUGGAUGAAGUGGCUCAACAGGGUACUGUGAUGUUGGCACAUGGAACUGAAAACCGGGUAGCCUGGCUAUGGCAUAGACGUUUGGGACACCCAUCCAUUGCCUAUUCACACCUUUUAUUUCCAAAACUCUUCCCGUCCAAUGGGGAGGAUCACUAUGGUUUCCGAGGACGAUUUCGAAUUCACACGAAGUAUUAUAGACAUUUUCAACUUGGUGUUUGUCUUUCUCUUCUACUUGCUACUACUUUCAUGUUAUAUUAGGAAAAACAACACCAACAGAUCAAGAAAAAAUGAUUGGAUAACUGUAUCAGUUGCAUCUUGUUGUGUUCUCACUUCGGUUUCAUAUCUUAUUGCUGGUCUAUGGGAUGCGACUGCUAAAACUCCUAAACUGAAUUGGUGGGCGUUCGUUGUUAGGCCACUAGUUUGGGCAACUUUGGCAGUUUCAUUACUCAUAGAAAGAUUUACGCCAGUCAAGAUUCUAGCUACCGUUUGGUGGGUUUUCGGUUUCUUGUCAAUUUCUUUUGUCAACAUCGAGAAUUUGUCGAAAUCAUUGACCAUCUUGAACUUGGUUUGGUUAGAAUGGGCUGUUAGCUUCUUACUUCUCUUGUGUGCUUUAAGAAACUCAAAACGUUUCAUCACUCGAUACACACAAAGCCAGACGUUAUCCGAGCCCUUAUUGGUUAAUGAAACACCGGAUGCAAACACAAGCCAACUAAAAGAACCAAGUUUUCUAAGCAAAUUGACGUUUUCUUGGGUGAACCCGUUGCUUGCGGUAGGUUAUAGAAAGCCAUUAGUUCUAGAAGACAUUCCAUGUUUAGCACCCAUAGACCAAGCAGCCGUUGCCCACGAGAAGUUCACAAAAGCAUGGGAUUCACUUCAAACAGAAAAAACCUUAAACAGUGCUAACAUGGUUCCUAAAGCACUAGCCAAAGUUUAUUUCAAAGAGAUGGUUUUGUCAGGAUUAUGCCUCCUUGUUAGGAAUAUAAUGGUGGUUGUUAGCCCGUUACUACUCUACGCUUUCGUCGACUACGCCAACCUUGAAGUUAAAGAUUUACAUCAUGGAUUAUUGUUAGUAGGGUGUUUGAUUAUAGUCAAGGUAGUGGAGUCAUUGACUAACAGACAGUUUUACUUUAUGGCAAGAAGAACUGGUAUGCGAAUGAGGUCAGCUUUAAUGGUGAAAGUAUACGAGAAACAACUUAAGCUUUCUAAUUUAGGAAAGACACGACAUUCUACGGGGGAAGUAGUGAAUUACAUAGCGAUUGACGCUUACCGAAUGGGUGAAUUUCCUAUGUGGUUUCAUUUGGGGUGGUCUUGUUCUCUUCAACUAUUUCUAUCAAUUGCGGUCUUGUUUUCCGUAGUAGGAUUAGGUGUUCUUCCAGGUUUAGUCCCUCUAAUAGUUUGCGCGCUUCUUAAUUUUCCAUUUGCAAAAGCUAUGCAAAAAAGUCAGUUAAAUUUCAUGGUGGCUCAGGACAAAAGACUAAGAUCCACUUCUGAGAUUUUAAACAACAUGAAGGUGAUCAAAUUACAAUCUUGGGAAGAAAAGUUCAAGAAAAUUGUUGAAUCUUUUAGAGAGACCGAAGUCCAUUGGCUACGUGAAACUCAACUCAAACGGGCUUAUGGCACGGUUUUGUAUUGGAUGUCACCGACACUCGUUUCUUCGGUUGUUUUUUUCGGAUGUGUGUUACUGAAAAGUGCUCCUUUGGAUGCUGCCACUAUUUUUACAAUAUUAGCGGCAUUAAGAACCAUGUCUGAACCCGUAAGGUUCUUACCUGAAGCGCUUUCGGCAUUAAUCCAAGUCAAAGUAUCCUUUGACCGGAUCAAUUCUUUCUUGGUUGAUGACGAACUUAAAGAUACAAGGAUGGAGAGAAACCACGAACCGGAAAACUCACAUGCUUGUAUCAAAAUACAGGAUGGGGAUUUUAGUUGGGAUCCCGAAUCACCCGUUCCAACUCUUCGAAACAUAAAUCUUGAAGUAACCUAUGGACAGAAAGUUGCGAUUUGCGGGUCAGUUGGAGCUGGAAAAUCAUCUAUGCUAUAUUCUAUUCUUGGAGAAAUAUCCAAAACUUCUGGAACAGUGGGUGUUUCUGGAUCGAUCGCUUAUGUUAGCCAAACAUCUUGGAUUCAAAGUGGGACAAUUCAAGAUAACAUAUUGUAUGGGAAGCCAAUGGACAGAACUAAAUAUGAAAAGGCUAUUAAGGCGUGUGCUUUAGAUAAAGAUAUUGAAGCUUUUACUCAUGGAGAUUUAACAGAAAUUGGUCAAAGAGGGCUUAACAUGAGUGGGGGCCAAAAGCAAAGGAUUCAACUUGCACGUGCAGUAUACAAUGAUGCCGAUAUCUAUCUUCUUGAUGACCCUUUUAGUGCCGUAGAUGCACAUACAGCCGCGACUCUCUUUAACGAUUGUGUUAUGAACUGUCUUGAGGGCAAAACAGUCAUUCUUGUCACUCAUCAAGUGGAGUUUCUCUCGUCGGUUGACAAUAUUCUGGUUAUGCAAGAUGGACAAAUCAAACAAUCAGGAAACUACGAAAAAAUCUUGACGGCAGGGACGGCAUUUGAAGAGCUUGUGAAUGCUCAUAAAGAGGCAAUCACAGGUUUAAACUCUUCACCUUCUGAAAACAAAACAAUAAACAUGCAUCAAAAUUUUGAAGAAGUUAACAAUAAUAACUACCUCAAAAAACAAAUAAGUGAGGGGCAGUUAAUAAAGGGCCCACCAGGAGUGCAGUUGACUGAAGAAGAAGAAAAAGAGAUAGGGAAUGUUGGAUGGAAACCUUUCUUAGAUUAUGUUGUCAUCUCAGAAGGAUCAUGGUUUUUAUUUUUAUCGGUUUUUACGGUAACUAGUUUUGUUGCUCUUCAAGCAGCAGCAAGUUAUUGGCUAGCAUAUGGUAUUCAGAUCCCUAAAGUCACCACCAUCAUGUUGAUUUGUGUUUAUACUUUGCUUUCAUCUGUUAGCACAGUUUUUGUGUUUUUACGAUCGUUUUUUGCCGCACUUUUGGGAUUAAAGGCCUCCAAAUUGUUCUUCGAUAAAUUCACCGACUCGAUUUUCAGUGCUCCCAUGGUCUUCUUUGACUCGACUCCAGUUGGGCGAAUUCUAACCAGGGCCUCAUCUGAUCUUAGUGUAAUCGAUUUUGACAUACCGUUUUCUUUCGCCUAUGUGGCUGCUUCCGGUAUUGAAUUACUUGCUAUGAUUUGCAUUAUGGCCUCGGUGACAUGGCAAGUUCUCAUUGUAGCCAUCUUCGGUCUAGUGGCCACCAAAUAUGCGCAGGGAUAUUAUCAACCAAAUGCAAGGGAACUAAUGAGAAUCAACGGAACAACAAAAGCACCUGUGAUGAAUUUUGCAUCUGAAACGUCGCUCGGAGUAGCAACAAUACGGGCCUUUAAAAUGCAAGAUAGAUUUUUUAAAGAAUACCUCAAGUUGGUGGAUACAGACGCGACGACUUUCUUUUUCUCAAAUGCUUCAUUGGAAUGGUUGGUUUUGAGAACCGAAGCGUUUUCGAAUCUCACCUUGUUCACAGCUAGUUUUCUUCUGGUGUUUAUUCCAAAUGGUUUUGUGCCUCCAGGGAUGGUUGGCCUCUCUCUUUCUUAUGCAUUGAAUUUGACCGGCACCCAAGUGUUUUUGACUAGAUGGUAUUGCAGCUUAGCCAAUUACAUCAUUUCAGUAGAACGGGUUAAACAAUUCAUGGACAUUCCGACUGAGCCGCCUGCAGUUGUGGUGAAUAAUAGACCACCAUCAUCUUGGCCUUCCAAGGGAAGGAUUAAUUUCAAGGAUCUAAAGUUAAGAUACCGUCCAAACGCACCGCUAGUUCUUAAAGGGAUCACUUGUACAUUCAAGGAAGGGACUAGAGUAGGCAUUGUUGGAAGAACAGGAAGCGGGAAAACGACAUUAAUAACAGCUUUAUUUCGUUUGGUCGAACCCGAUAGUGGAAGAAUUCUUAUAGAUGGGUUAGACAUUUGCUCUAUUGGGCUUAAAGAUCUUAGAAUGAAUCUAAGUGUCAUCCCACAAGAACCCACCCUAUUUAGGGGUAGUAUUCGAACAAACAUGGACCCGCUUGGACUUCAUUCUGAUGAUGAGAUAUGGAAGGCAUUAGAGAAGUGUCAACUUAAAACUACCAUUAGAAGUCUUCCAAAUUUGCUAGAUUCUUCAGUGAGUGAUGAAGGAGAGAAUUGGAGUGCUGGACAAAGACAGUUAUUCUGUCUAGGAAGAGUAUUACUUAGGAGAAACAAAAUCCUAGUACUCGAUGAAGCCACCGCAUCCAUUGAUUCAGCAACGGAUGUUAUUCUACAAAGAAUCAUAAGAGAAGAGUUCUCGAGUUGCACUGUCAUAACUGUGGCCCAUAGAGUCCCAACCGUUAUCGACAGUGACAAGGUCAUGGUUCUGUCUUUUGGGAAAAUGAUGGAGUAUGAUGAGCCUUCAAAGCUUAUGGAAACUGAUUCAUUCUUCUCCAAGCUUGUAGCUGAAUACUGGUCCAGUUGUACAAGGAACUCUGCUCAAACAUUUGAUGACUUUCAGUGAUUAAAUAAUCUUUGUCGCGAGCUCAAAUACAUGCGCAUAAUACUAUUUGAGCUCGACCUUGAAACUUUAGUUAAUUUCAGGGUCAUGCGCGUUGAUCUUUUAGCAGUGAGUAUUGUGUUAUAUGGCCUAAUAAACUCCCUCUUUUAGCAUCCUAGUUUUGUACCAUGCUAUGCUACACCCGAGUUUUAAUAGCGAGUCUUGUUACACCUUUUUAUAUAUUCAUCACUUUGCAAUGUCA